AUGUCGCACGCCAUCAACCCGUCCAAGCAGCAGAGGGAAGCGCCACAGCUUCCCAUGUCAAAGGAUGCCUUGCGACAGGGCAGGAGUGGGUCUUUGCCUGGUGGCCGUGCCCGGCCAUGCAGCGGUGGCAGCAGGGAUGAGCGCCUGGAGUCUGGGAAGCAGCUUGCGUCCCGAUUGCACCAGGCAUCAGCCGGCACACAGCGCACAGGCACAUUCAAGGCACGCAAGCCACCAUCCCUCAAGUCAACCUCGUCCCGCGGCCUUGGGCGGAGCCUCAAGCUUCCCCCAGUGCCGUCUGCCCCAGAGCCCAUGGAUGUGGCCUUCUCCCACCACGCACCACUGCCGCCACCAACACCACCACAACCACAACAACAACAGCAGCAGCAGCAGCAGCGCAGUGAUGGCAGGAUGGCAGCGGAGGCUGCUUCUGCGUCAUUGCCGUCUGCAACUGCCUCUGCUGGCACGUUGCGGAGGCAGAAGCAACAGCAACAACUUGCCGCAAGGGCAAGCACUGAUAGCACGGCGACCGCCAUCAGUGACGAUGUGGUGGAUCAACUCAGAGACAAGAGCACCAGCGAGCUCAUCGACUUUGUCAAACAAGGCGGCGCGCGUGUUGGCUUCUUGUACCUGGUGCCACGCGACCCAUCCAAGGUUGACCGCAACGUGUACGAUCUCAAGCCCGUGCGGCACGCGGAAAUCCGGCCCGGCGACUCCUUCUUCACCUUGAGCGUUGAGGGCGUGACCCAGAUUGACGGCAAGAUGUCCACCUUCACGCCCCUGGAUCGCUUCGAGCGCGAGUUCAUCUUCCACUCCCGCCUCCGCCAGCUGCCCAUCUUCUUCAAGUACCGCAUGUGGAAGGCGUUCACCACGUGGCGCAACAACAUUGUCCAAGCGCGCCAGCUCGCACACACGGAGGAGCUCAGCGCACACCUCUUCCUGCAUCACGACAUCUUGCGCCCCGCCCUCAUGCAGAUUCGUGCCAUCUGCCUCGAUGUCGUUGACAUGCGGCUGGUGGACAUCGACCCAAGGAAACCGUACACCGUGGAGCAGUUUUUCGUGCGACAGCGCGAGAAGUGUGACGCAGUCACGGCCAAGCUCCAGCACCUGCGGCGCCAGGUGAUUGACAUUGCCCUUGACGCCUGCAGGCGGACCAUGGAAGACCUCGGGUUCAGCGUGGUUCACCUUUCACCCACCCCCCCCCCACACACACAUACACACAUGCGACUCAUUUGUUUCGCUUCACGCGCUGCAGACGCAAAUGCCAAGAUGACGUACACGGAGCAAGCGCGCAAGCGGGCCAACUGCAUCCGCCUCGCAGCGUUCCUUCGCCUGAUUGACAUGCUUGUCGCCAACGCCAUGCAGCAGCUCUCUGUCGAGUCUGUUGGGUUCCUGCGACACUACCUCGAGCACCUGCGGGAUGACAGCGUUGCCGCCGCGGGCCCCGCAGAUGAGGGCGACGACAGCGAGGCCAAGCGAAAGGCGGCCCUGGCCCACCAAGGCUCCAUCAUCCUGGAGGAGGAAGUGGAGGAGGAGCCUGUGCCCGAGUUUGGGCCGUCAGCCAUCACGGUGGACGACUACCGCUUCCCCGUGAAACGAUUUGUUGAGCGCGAGCUCAUCACCGCCGACCCAGACGAGGCCGUCCCGCUGUUUAAGAUUGACCUGCUGCUGGAUGUGGAUGCGCUGGAUCUUGAUCCGGACAACGGCGACGUCAAGCACGAGCUUGGCCGACUCAUUACCUCGUUCAAGGAGCGCGUGUGCGCCGUGGAGCCCAUCGCGCCCUCCCCGCACUUUGACUUUGUCACGCGGCCCACGCUCGGGCACCGCCAGGAGGACUUUGUUGGCGAGGAGCCGGGCCACCUUGCCGAGAUUCUGGAGGAGGACGAGCGCUUGGCAGAGCACUCCGAGGGCGUCAUGGACCUGCUGGACUUUGCGUAUCGCGUGGCCAACAAGUUCAAGGGGCACAUGUCCGUGAUUCGCGACAUGUACGCGCGCAGCCACGGCAUUGACCUGGAGUGGCUGGAGGAGACGGAGCACUCGCUCGAGUUCUACACCCAGUCGCUUGAGGAGUUUUCCAAGAUGAUCACCACGGGCAGCGGGAUUGUGCCCGCCAACAACCUCGGCAUGAUGGUGGUGGACUGCCGUCAGCUCAAGGAGACGUUUCUGCCGGUGCCGCGCGCGUGCCUGGAGGCGCUCCACCGCGCCCUGCCCAAGCUCGCCUGCCGCAAGAACAAGGAGGUGGCCGAGCAGAUGCACGGCGCCAUGCACCAGCUGGAGAUGCAGCCAACCACCACGGAGGAGUACGUGCGCGCGCUCACGUUUGUCGAUGAGAUUGACGCAACCAUGGAGACGAUUGAGAAGGACGCCAAGCUGGUGACAGACCUGUAUGCGCUCAUUGAUCGCUUCGGCAUCGAGGCACCGCCAGAGGACGUGGCGGAGUUUGAGACAGCCAAGAACAACAUCAUCCGCCUGCGCGACACGGUCAAGGCGGCCGUGGACGAGCAGAACAAGCGCAUCAACUCCUUCUGUGACGUGCUUGACGAGGACAUCUCGAAGCUCAGCGCCAACGUGCUUGAGGUGCGCGAGGAGGCGUCCAACGAGCUUGUGUUUGACCCGCAGGCCGAGCUGGAGAAGGUGCUUGCCUUUACACGCGAGCUGAACCAGAAGAUGGAGACGCUGCAGCAGCGGGCGGCCGAGUACCGCUCGUACCAGAAGAAGUUCAAGAUUGAGGUCACGCGCUUCUCUGCGCUUGAGGAGACGCACGCAGAGGUCAAGGCGAAGAAGGCGCUUUGGGACACCAUCGACGAGUGGAACAGCCUCGAGCAGGACUGGGCGCAGCAGCAAUUCCUCAAGAUGGAUGCUGAAGAAAUGAGCAACACGGUCACACGGAUGGCCAAGGCGGCGUAUUCGCUGACGAAGCAGCUGCCGCAGAACGAGGUCUCCCCACAGCUCCAGCUCAACAUUGAGAAGAUGAAGGCAAAGAUGCCGGUGAUUAUGGACCUGCGCAACCCGGCGCUGCGCCCGCGCCACUGGGAGAAAAUCUUUGGCAUCAUUGGACAAACGCUUCCCUUGGACGACACGCUGAACCUGGGCAUGCUGAGCGAGCUGGAUGUGUUCAAGCAUGGCGAAGAGAUUCAAGAAGUCAGCUCCGGCGCCUCCUCCGAGGCUUCACUCGAAGUCAUGCUCAAGAAGGUUGAGGACGCGUGGAAGGAAGCGGAGCUUCCCGUGAUCCCCUUCCGUGACAGCAAGGACGUGACCAUCCUGGGUGGCAUGGACGACAUCCAGAUGCUGCUGGACGACUCGCAGGUGAACAUUGCCACCAUCGCCGGGUCGCGGCACGUGGAGCCCAUUCGCCAGCGCGUGGAGGACUGGCAGCGGCAACUCAACCUCUUCUCGGAGACGGUUGACGAGUGGCUUGAGUGCCAGCGCAGUUGGAUCUACCUGGAGAGCAUCUUCUCUGCGCCAGACAUCCAGCGGCAGCUGCCGUCCGAGGCCAAGAUGUUCCUGGAGGUUGACAAGUCCUUCAAGGACGCCAUGCGCAAGACAACGGCGUUUCCAAACGCAAUCCGCGCCGGCACGACGCCAGGCUUCCUGGAGCGCUUCAAGAAGAACAACGCGCUUUUGGAGCAGAUUCAGAAGUGCCUGGAGGACUACCUCGAGAGCAAGCGGAUGGUGUUCUCGCGCUUCUUCUUCCUCUCCAACGACGAGCUGCUUGAGAUCCUCGCACAGACGCGCAACCCGCAGGCCGUGCAGCCGCACCUGCGCAAGUGCUUUGACGCCAUCCAGAAGCUUGAGUUUGGCGAGGACGGCAAGACUGCCAACGACAUCUACGCCAUGAUCUCGCCAGAGGGCGAGCGCGUGGCGCUGGGCAAAGGGCUCAAGGCCCGCGGCAACGUGGAGGUGUGGCUGUGCUCCGUGGAGGACGCCAUGGUCAAGUCGCUGUAUGCGCUGACCAAGGCCGCCAUCACCGACUACACGGCGUGCCCGCGCACGGAGUGGGUUGGCCGCCACCCGUCCCAGGUCAUCAUCAGCGUGUCGCAGAUGAUGUGGUGCCGCGACGUCACGCGCGCCAUCACGAACGAGAAUCCGCAGCAGGCGCUCGAGGCGUACGAGAAGCAGUGCAUCAGCCAGCUCGCUGACCUGGCCGCCAUGUCGCGCCAGAAGCUGUCCAAGCUGUUCCGAAAGGUGCUUGGUGCCCUCAUCACCAUUGACGUGCACGCCCGCGACAACGUGACUUCCCUGGUCCACUCCAAGGUCUCCGACCUCGAGGACUUUGAGUGGGUGCGCCAGCUGCGCUAUUACUGGGAGGACGACAUUGACGACAUGGUUGCGCGCAUGUCCAACUCGCGCUUCGUGUAUGCGUACGAGUAUCUCGGAGCGAGCAUGCGUCUCGUCAUCACGCCGCUGACAGAUCGCUGCUACCUCUGCCUCAUGGGUGCGCUGCAACUCGACCUCGGCGGUGCCCCUGCCGGUCCGGCCGGAACUGGAAAAACGGAGACAACAAAGGACAUGGCAAAGGCGCUUGGUAACCCGUGCAUUGUGUUCAAUUGCAGCGAAGGCCUGGACUACCGCAUGAUGGGCAAGUUCUUCUCGGGUCUGGCGCAGAGCGGCGCGUGGUGCUGCUUUGACGAGUUCAACCGCAUCGACAUUGAGGUGCUCUCUGUGAUUGCGCAGCAGAUUCUCACCAUCAAGAACGCCAAGACGCGCGGCGCCAAGCGUUUCAUGUUUGAGGGCCGCGAGAUUCGCCUCAUCCCCAAGUGCGCCGCCUUCAUCACCAUGAACCCCGGCUAUGCCGGCCGCACGGAGCUGCCAGACAACCUCAAAGCGCUCUUCCGCCCCUUUGCCAUGAUGGUGCCAGACUACGCGCUGAUUGCGGAGGUGAUUCUCUUCUCCGAGGGCUUUGAGAGCCCGCGCAACCUGGCUCGCAAGAUGACGCAGAUGUACAAGCUGUGCAGCGAGCAGCUUUCUCAGCAGGACCACUAUGAUUUCGGCAUGCGUGCCGUCAAGUCUGUGCUGGUAAUGGCGGGCUCGCUCAAGCGCUCGCGUGUUGGCCAGAGCGAGGCCACCGUGCUGCUCACCGCCCUGCGCGACAGCAACCUGCCCAAGUUCCUUGCGGAGGACGUUGCGCUGUUCACGGCCAUCCUGUCAGACCUCUUCCCCGGGGUGGAGCUGCCCGAGCACGACUACGGCUCCCUGCGCGAGACAAUUGUGGAGUGCAUUGAGGAGCGCGAGCUGGAGGUGGAGAACCCGCAGGUGACCAAGGUGAUUCAGCUGUACGAGACGAUGGUGGUGCGCCACGGCGUCAUGCUUGUUGGCCCAACCGGCGGCGGCAAGUCCACCGUCCUUGCCGUCUUGGCAGACACGCUCACGCGCCUGCACGACAAGGGGGUGGAGCACUUUGAGUACCGACCCGUGCACCAGUACAUCCUCAACCCAAAGGCGGUGAGCAUGGGCGAGCUGUACGGCCAGGUUGACGGCACCACCGGCGAGUGGCGCGAUGGCCUCAUGGCCACCCUCGUGCGCCAGUGCGUGGCGCAGACCAACGACGACCACAAAUGGAUCGUCUGCGACGGCCCCGUCGAUGCGCUGUGGAUCGAGAACAUGAACACCGUGCUCGACGACAACAAGAUGCUGUGCUUGGCAAACUCGGAGCGCAUCAAGCUCUCGUCCAGCAUGCACAUGCUGUUUGAGGUUGCGGACCUUGCCGUGGCCUCCCCAGCCACCGUGUCCCGCUGCGGCAUGGUGUACGUUGACCCGCAGGAGCUUGGCUGGCGGCCCUACGUCAACCGCUGGAUGCACAACCUCGACAUCCUGCAGGAGCCGCAGAAGGAGCACCUGAACGACCUCUUUGCCGAGCACGUGGACUCUGUCUUGCACCAGGUCCACAAGACCUUGCGCGAGGGCAUUGCCCAGGUGGACAUGGCCAAGGCAAGCGCGCUGUGUGUGCUGCUGGAGGAUCUGCUGCGCGAGAAGGACGCCCAAGGCGCCCCACGCGUCGACUGGUCUGCCCAGGAGCAAGACGAGCACCUCAACGCCAUCCUCUCCAACUACUUUCUGUUUGCCUUCAUCUGGUCCGUCGGCGGGAACCUGGUUGACCAGGACCACCUGGGCUUUGACGCGCUUGUUCGCGACUCGUUUAGCGACCGCCACGACAUCCGCAUCCCGGGCCAGGGCACCGUCUUCGACUACUACGUUGCCUUGGAGGCCAACACCCCCGCGCUGCUGCGCUGGGCGGACAUUGUGCCCAAAUUCGCCUACAAGGAGGGCGUGCCGUUCUUCGACAUGCUCGUGCCCACGUCGUCCACAGUCAAGUUCAAGCACCUGCUGGAGCGCUUCUCACGCAUGCGCCACUCUGUGCUCUUCACGGGCACCACUGGCGUUGGCAAGAGCGUGAUUGCGAAGGAGUACCUGGACACGGCCGAGGCUGCAGGCUCCGUGCUGCCGCUGACCAUGAACUUCUCUGCGCAGACCAGCUCGCAGCGCACGCAGGAGAUUAUCGAGAGCAAGCUGGAGAAGAAGCCCAAGAACAGGCUUGGGCCGCCCAUGGGCAAGCACAUGCUGCUGUUUGUGGACGACUUGAACAUGCCCAAGCUGGAGACGUACGGUGCGCAGCCGCCAAUCGAGCUGCUGCGACAGCUGCAGGACUACGACGGCUUCUACGACCGCGCCAAGCUCACGUGGACCGGCAUUGUGGACCUGACGCUGAUUGCCGCGUGCGCACCGCCCGGUGGUGGCCGCAACCCGACCACGCCGCGCCUGCUGCGCCACUUUGCCAUGAUGUGCUUGCCCUCCCCAGACGAGGACACGCUCAAGGGCAUCUUCGAGCAGAUCACGCGCGGGUUCUUCACCGUGUGCGACUUCCAGAAGGAAGUGAUUGGCACCGCGUCGGCUGUGGUCAACGCCGCUGUCGGCAUCUACGAGCGCAUGAGUACGGAUUUGUUGCCCACACCAGCCAAGUCGCAUUACGUCUUCAACCUUCGUGAUCUCUCCAAGUGCAUCCAGGGCAUCCUUCAGGUGGAUUCCUCGGUGGUUCGCACGCCAGACCACGUGUUUGAUCUCUUCUGCCACGAGUGCUCGCGCGUGUUCCACGACCGUCUCAUCAACGCCGAGGACAAGGGCUUUUUCAACGAAAUCCUGGCCGAGAUGGCGUACAAGCACUUCAACAAGAAUGUGGAGGCGGAGCAGCUUGCCACCAAGCCUGUUCUCUUUGGAGACUUUAUGAAGAUGGGUGCGCCGGCCGAGGAUCGUCUUUACGAACCGCUCGACCAAGCAAAGCUCCCCAAGGUGUUGGAGGAUUACUUGGACGACUACAACCUGAGCUCGCAGAAGGAGAUGAAGCUGGUGUUCUUCCAGGACGCCAUUGCGCACGUUGCUCGCAUUGCGCGCAUGAUUCGCCAGCCACGCGGCAACGCCCUGCUUGUUGGCGUUGGCGGCACCGGCAAGCAGUCGCUCACCCGCAUGGCGUGCCACAUGGCGGGCUUCAAGUGCUUCCAAAUUGAGAUCACGCGCGGCUACGGUUACUCAGAGUUCCGCGAGGACCUGAAGAAGCUGUACGAACUCGCCGGCUCCAAGGGCGAGCAGACCGUCUUCCUCUUCACAGACACGCAGAUUGUGGUUGAGGAGUUUCUCGAGGACAUCAACAACAUGCUCAACUCGGGCGAGGUGCCCAAUUUAAUUGAGAACGACGAGAUUGAGCAGUUCCUGCAGCCCGUGCGCCCGCUUGCGCGACAGGCCGGCAUCUCCGAGUCGCGUGACGCCGUGUUUCAGUACUUCAUCAACCGCGUGCGCGACAACCUGCACAUUGUGCUGUGCAUGAGCCCCGUGGGCGACGCAUUCCGCUCCCGCUGCCGCAUGUUCCCCUCGAUUGUCAACUGCUGCACCAUCGACUGGUUCACAGAGUGGCCGCGCGAGGCCCUGCUCGGCGUUGCGCAGCGCUUCUUCGAGUUUGUGGACCUGGGCGACGAGAGCCUCAAGGGCAAGAUUGCGCAGAUGUGCGUGGAGAUCCACACGAGCGUCAGCGAGACGGCCGACCGCUUCUACGAGGAGCUGCGGCGCAAGUACUACACGACGCCGACGAGCUACCUGGAGCUCAUCAACCUGUACACGGGCAUGCUUGACGAGAAGAAGCGUGACAUCAUGCUGCAGCGGGACCGCUUCCAGACGGGUUUGAACAAGCUCGAGGAGACAAACGACCUGGUGGCCACCAUGGAGGAGGAGCUCACGGCACUGGAGCCAGUGCUGAAGCAGCAGAGCGAGGACACGAUGCAGCUCAUGGAGCGCAUCAAGGUGGACAAGGCCAAGGCCGACGAGGUGCGCAAGGUGGUCAAGGCCGAGGAGGCUGUGGCGCAGAAGGAGGCCAACGAGACGGAGGCCAUCAAGAUGGACGCGCAGCGCGAUCUGGACGAGGCCCUGCCGGCGCUGCAGGCGGCCACGGACGCGCUCAAGUCGCUGCGAAAGGAGGACGUGCAGGAGCUCAAGGCCUUUGCGUCGCCGCCAGCGCUGGUGCAGACGGUGAUGGAGGCCGUGUGCCUGCUGUUUGGGCGCAAGACGGACUGGAAGACGGCCAAGUCGCUGCUGGGCGAGGCGGACUUUCUGAAGCAGAUGAUGCAGUACGACAAGGACAACAUCCCUGACCGCACGCUGAAGAAGAUCAAGCCCUACAUCGACAACCCAGACUUUGUGCCGGAGAAGGUGGAGAAGGUGUCCAAGGCAUGCCGGUCCAUCUGCAUGUGGGUGCGGGCCAUGGACAAGUACGCGCACGUGUUCCGCACGGUGGAGCCCAAGCGCGAGAAGCUCAAGGCGGCGCAAGCGGCGCUGAACAAGACCAUGGCCGAGCUGAAGACCAAGCAGGACCGGCUGGCGGAGGUUGAGGGCAAGAUCAAGGCGCUGCAGAAGCAGUACAAGCAGAGCGUUGCGGCCAAGGAGGAGCUGGAGCGCAACAUGGAGAGGACGGCGGCGCGUUUGUCGCGUGCAGGAAAGCUGCAGACGGCGCUGGCAGACGAGCAGGUGCGCUGGGCGGAAACGGUCAAGGAGUAUGACCAGCAAGUGCACGACGUCGUGGGCAACGUGUUCCUGGCGGCCGCGUGCGUGGCGUACUUUGGCGCCUUCACCAGCUCCUACCGCGCCGACCUGGUCUCGGGCUGGGUGGCCAAGUGCAAGGAGCUGGAGAUCCCCGUGACGGAGGGCAUGGGCGUGGCGGACGUGCUGUCGAGCCCGUUCCAGAUUCGGCAGUGGAACGCCAGCGGCCUGCCGCGCGACCAGCUGUCCACGGAGAACGCGGUGCUGGUGACGUGUGGGCGGCGCUGGCCGCUGAUGAUCGACCCGCAGGACCAGGCGAACAAGUGGAUUCGGCAGAUGGAGGCGCGAAACGGCCUGCACGUGAUCAAGCUGACAGACCCCAACUUCCUGCGCACGCUGGAGAACGCCAUCCGCAUUGGGCAGCCCGUGCUGCUGGAGGAGGUUGAGGAGACGCUGGACCCCUCGCUGGAGCCCAUCCUGCUGAAGCAGACGUUCAAGCAGGGCGGGCGCACGCUGAUCCGCCUCGGUGACAGCGACAUUGACUACGACAAGAACUUCCGCUUCUACAUGACGACGAAGAUGGCCAACCCGCACUACCUGCCCGAGAUUUGCAUCAAGGUGACCAUCAUCAACUUCACGGUGACCAAGACGGGCUUGGAGGACCAGCUGCUUGCGGACGUGGUGCGCCUCGAGCGACCCGACCUGGAGGAGGAGCGGACAAAGCUGAUUCUGCAGAUCAACGAGGACCGCGCACAGCUGAAGAGCAUCGAGGACGAGAUCCUGAAGCUGUUGUUCAACUCGGAGGGCAACAUCCUUGAUGACGAGCGGCUCAUCAACACGCUCAACGACUCCAAGACGACGUCCACGGCCAUUGGCGAGCGCCUGAAGCGCGCAGAGACCACGGAGGCGUCCAUCACGGAGGCGCGCGACAAGUACCGCCCGGCGGCCGUGCGCGGCUCCGUCCUGUUCUUUGUCAUUGCGGACAUGAGCAACAUCGACCCCAUGUACCAGUACUCGCUGGAGUACUUCAAGCAGCUGUUCGUGCAGUGCAUUGAGGCGAGCGAGAAGGCAUCGGACCUGGACACGCGCCUGCGGAACAUCAUCUCCUACUCGACGGAGAACGUGUUUGCCAACGUGUCGCGCGGCCUGUUUGAGCGCCACAAGCUUAUGUUCAGCUUCAUGAUGUGCAUUGAGAUUCUGCGCGUGGACGGCACCGUGACCACGCCCGAGUGGAACCACUUCCUGCGCGGGUCUGGCGCUGCGGAGCGGGAGUACCCGCCGAUUCCCGAGCACGCGGCGGCGUGGCUGCAGGAGCACGUGUGGCACGAGUGCUGCGACCUCGAAACGGCGUUCCCGGACGUGUUUGCGGGCCUGGGCCAGGACCUGGUCACGGUCCCCAUGCCGAUUGAGCUGGGCAGCGUCACCGUGACGCUCAAUCUGCACGCCGGGGACACGUUGAAGCAGGGCGGGGAGCCGUCCAAGGCGUGGGCGGAGGCGCUGACGCCGUUCCAGAAGCUCAUGGUGAUUCGCGCGCUGGUGCCGCACCGCGCCGUGGAGGGCGUGGCGGCGUUUGUGAGCCUGUCGCUUGGGCGGCGGUUUGUGGAGUCGCCGCCCGUGAGCAUGCAGGCGCUGUACAACGACAUGCUGUCCACGGUGCCGCUCAUUUUCGUGCUGUCGGUGGGCUCGGAUCCCAUGUCCGGGUUCCUCCGCUUUGCGCAGGAGAAGUCGUACAGCGAUCGCGUGCACUCCAUCUCUCUCGGGCAGGGCCAGGGCCCCGUGGCGGAGAAGCUGAUUGAGAAGGCGACGCGCAACGGCGACUGGGUGUUCCUGCAGAACUGCCACUUGGCCAAGUCGUGGAUGACGCGGAUGGAGCAGGUGAUCAAGGGGCUGGCGGACCCCAAGGCUGCGGUGCACGACGAUUUCCGCCUGUUCCUCAGCUCCGCGCCGUGCUCGUUCUUCCCCGUGAGCGUGCUGCAGAACAGCGUGAAGGUGACCAACGAGCCGCCCAAGGGCCUCAAGGCCAACCUGCGGGGCGCGUUUGCGUCCAUCGAGCCCAGCUUCUUCGAGAAGCACAAGCUGGGCACGACGUGGCGCAAGCUCAUCUUCGGGCUGUGCUUCUUCCACGCCGUGAUCCAGGAGCGCAAGAAGUUCCGUGCGCUCGGAUGGAACAUCCCCUACGAGUUUAGCUCGUCGGACCGCGAGUGCGCGCUGGAGAACCUGCGCAUCUUCCUGGAGGACGGGCACGUGCCGUGGAGCGCGCUGUUCUUCAUCACGAGCGAGAUCACGUACGGUGGGCGCGUGACGGACCGGUGGGACGAGCGGUGCCUGUCGACGAUUCUCCGCAGGUACCUGGUGAAGGAGGCCCUGGACGCGGACUACAAGUACUCGCCCUCUGGCACGUACUACGCGCCUGCGGUGGAGACGAUUGAGCAGAUGCAGGAGUACGUGGACAGCCUUCCCUUCUCGGACGACCCGGAGGUGUUUGGCAUGCACGACAACGCAAACAUUGCGUUCCAGCUGGAGGAAACGAACAUGCUUGUGCGCACGAUCCUCGAUGUGCAGCCGCGCAUGAGCGGAGGGGCGAGCGGCAAGACGCCCGAUGAGAUUGUGUUUGAGCUGGCGGGCUCGAUUGAGGAGAAGCUGCCCAAGGCGCUGCUGGACAUUGACGAGGCGAAGCCGGGCACGUUUGACCUUGACGAGCAAGGGCGCGUGCAGUCGCUGAGCACGGUGCUGCGGCAGGAGGUGGACCGGUUCAACAAGCUGCUUGUGGUGCUGUGGGACUCGCUCAGCAACAUCAAGAAGGCGAUCAAGGGUCUGGUGGUGAUGAGCGCGGAGCUGGAGCGCGUGUACACGAGCUUCCUCAACAACCAGGUGCCCGAGAUGUGGGCGACGGCGGCAUAUCCAUCCUUGAAGCCGCUCGCGUCUUGGGUGAAGGAUUUGGUGCUGCGCCUGGAGUUUGUUGAGCACUGGCUCAAGCACGGCAAGCCCAAGUCCUUCUGGCUCUCCGGCUUCUUCUUUCCACAGGGUUUCCUGACCGGCACGUUGCAGACGCACGCGCGCAAGUACAACUUGCCGAUUGACACGUUGAGUUUCCAGUUUGAGGUAUUACCUCACGUGUACAUUGAGGAAGGAGCCAAGGACCACACGCCAGAGCUGCCCCAUUUUGACGACGGCGUGCUUGUUCACGGCAUUUUUAUGGAUGCGUUCCGUUGGGACGAUGACGCUGCGGUUGUGAGCGAUUCGCUGCCUGGGCAGAUGCAGGCGCCGUUACCCGUGAUGCACAUGCUGCCCACUGCCAACUUUACUCCGCCGCCCAAGGACUACAUUGCGCCCCUGUACAAAACAUCUGUGCGUGCCGGCGUGUUGUCAACGACGGGCCACUCCACCAACUUUGUUGUGGCCGUGCAUCUUCCCUCCACACAGCCACAGGACUACUGGAUUGCCAAGGGCGCUGCUCUGCUCUGCCAGCUUGAUUCAUAGUCGCGCAUUGUGGCGUGUGUGUCUCUUGUGUGUAGUGUCUAUCUUGUGCUUUGAGUGUGUGUGUGUGUCUUGUGUACUUUCCUCCUCUUGUUGGUGUUCUUGUUCUUCUUCUUGUGGCUUUGCUUUGCUUUUGAUUGACUUUUACUGUUGUUAUUGUGAGAGAGCGAGCGAGCGAGUGUGUGCGGAGAACAGGGCGAAUGAGCGAGUGAGUGAGUGAGGACGAAGAGCGUGUACCCACCUUUGACGCGUCGUUCAGCACAAA